AUGAGCGAAAGGCUGUCAGAGCCGAUGGCGCGUGACCAGGAACUUCGCAGUCCAAGGGAACCAGAUGAUGGCGACACUCGCGAGACUCGCCCUGUGGAACCUUCAGAGUCCAGGAUGGUGGUGCAGAUAGCCGCGAGGUAUGUCAGCGCAGCAUACUUGCAAGACCAACGCAUGUUUGCUGAUAUUCUGGAUGCCAAGUCAUCCAUGGAGAUAGAGAGGUUCCAUGUCAGAGGAUGGCUACUGUCUGGCCGAGAGGUUGCAGAGUUCGAGCUUCCAGCCACCUCCACUCUCACCCAUCUCCAAGCCCAGUUCGAUUCGACUUUAAGUUGCCAAUGUCACCUGAUAUUGUCUAGUAGCAAUGGUGCUCAAGACCUUUCAGCCAUGCCCAGUUCCAUCUCCCUUCGAAGUGCCCUGGCAGGGAGCGUGCAGGCUUGGACUCAGGAACGGGCAUGGCACGGAGCCGCUAGCGAAAUCCUGGCAGCGCAGUUUCGGCGGACAACUUGGCGGGGUGGCUCAUCGUUGCAGGCAUUACGGAUACCUCGUGUGUGGGAGAUGGUCAUGGCCAUGAUUUCAAUCCACGAACGGUCCGAGGCGCAAUAUGCUUUCCGGCUGACGGUGGAGCGGUUUCUGGAGCAUGAGACCUUUUGUUCAUCAGCACAUCAAAAGAGCCAGCACGCAGGCGCGCACCACAUGCGCUGCAAGGCGAUGUACUCUGAUGAAGUAAGACAGGAUGGCGAAAAUUCAGUGCGGCAGCUCGUGAAGAUCUUGCAGCAACCGGAGCCGGUUGAUGAGAGCCUGAUGCAAGACAUCACUGCCUUAGCUCCUGCUGUGCUCAGCCUGGGGCUGAAAGCCACCGCCCCUCAGCUGGAGCAGGCCUCGCAUCAUUUCUGCAAUGAAUUGAUUCCCAAGCAAAACCUGCCCGCGGAGCUUCACUGGAAAGCUGCCCGGCUUUUUGAGUCUGUGGGUGAGACCGGGGAGGCGGCGCAGGAUCUGGAGCGCUCCGCAAAUACGACUUUUGAUUUCCUGGCACUGUGGAGAGAUGCCGCAGAUCUGCUAGGCAACGAAGCCCGCGCAGCGCUGGUGAAGCUGGAGAUGGAAGCACGUCAACGUGCGCGUCGUGCUGGCCUUUGUUGGGUGCACACCGCUUCAGAGUCAUCGGUCCCUGGAAGCGGCGCUGUCCUCAACAGGUCUUGCAUGAUGGCUGCCGAGCGACAAUUCUUCAACGCUGGGUGCGUUGCAUCUGCAGACCUUUGCACGGCAGUCAUCUGGUCUCCAAGGGAAAUGUUUCAGAUGCUUGGCCUGGUCUUCGACCUGUGA